AUGUCUGCCAGUACUUCUGAAGGAAUCGCCCUCAUUACUGGUUCCUCUCAAGGAAUUGGCAAGGCAAUCGCAAUUCGCCUUGCUUCUGAUGGAUUUGAGAUUGCUAUAAACGACAUACCCGCCAAAUCUCUAACGUUGGAGGCCACGCAGAAGGAAAUUCAAGAAUUGACAGGCAAACGCGCUCUCAUCUGCGUCGGAGAUGUAUCCGUCGAGGAGGAGGUGAAAGGCAUGAUCGAGGAAGUGGUGAAAAGCCUUGGUGGUAUAGACGUUAUGGUAGCAAAUGCUGGAAUCUGUCCUUGCGGUCCACUAAAUGACGUGACUCUUGAUGAGUGGGAACGGGCAUUCGCCGUUAACGUCCGGGGAACAUUUCUGUGCUACAAAUAUGCUAGCUUACAGAUGAUUGCGCAAGGAAGAGGUGGUCGUCUGAUUGGCGCUUCUUCCGGUGGAGGAAAGCAAGGCCAACGACUGAUGGGUUUAUAUUCCUCUACGAAAUUUGCGAUUAGAGGUUUAACACAAAGUGCUGCCUUGGAGUAUGGUAAACAUGGAAUCACCGUCAACGCUUAUUGUCCUGGCCCCAUCGACACUGAAAUGGUUAGAAAAGCUGCGCAAGACGUCGGAGGAGACACGGAGAAAGUUCUGAAAAUGUAUGCACAAAUGUCCGCUGUAGGACGCAUCGGUAACCCAGCCGAUGUCGCCAACUUGGUUUCGUUCCUCGCAUCCAAGCAUUCUGAGUAUUUGACCGGACAAACGAUCAUCAUCGACGGAGGCUUGAUCUUCGAUUGA